AUGGAUCCCAACGCUACCGCGACACCCGUCGCCAGGCUGCAAGCCCAUCCGACAGCAUCGCAGAGACUGGACACAACAUGGGCAACCGCAGUAGUAGCAUUGCUACUUUUGGCGAUCACGACCAGAUUCAUUAGUGGCUUCUUCGAAAGCUCCAAGCCUGCUCAAGAUGGGUCAAGAAGCGUACCGAUGAUUCCCUACUGGAUACCCAUUCUCGGGCACAUACCACAGUUCAGCAUUUCACCACAGACUUUGCUGAACAAAGCGCGCGAUACUUACAGAAGUGGUGUUUUCGCACUGAAUCUGGGCAGCACAACACACAACAUCAUAUUCUCACCUUCCAUGGGCGGCUCAUUGAUGAACCAAAAACAUUCGAUCGCGAACAUGGACUCAGUGGGAAAACAUGUCAUGACUGCUGUGUUUGGUUACCCAAAGUCGAAAGCAUCCAUGCAGCGGUACGAGGACGCACUACCGGGUCUGAAUACAUGCUACAAGCACCUGCUCUCUGACCCUGGUCUGAGAGAGAUGGUUCAGAAUACCAUCGAUGUGACGAGACGCAACAUCGCCAAUCUAGUCACCUUUUCUGAGAGCAGGGUCGAUCAGGUAGAAUGGGAAAGGAGCAGCAAUGCAGAGACAAUCAUCAAAGCCAACGGAGAGCAAGUUGUUGAGGCCAGUAUGAUGAACCUGAUCCGAGACUUCAUCGCUGCAAAUGCAAACCCAUCUCUCAUCGGCUCUGACUUUGUCAAGAAUAAUCCCGAAUUCUUCCUGGAUCUGUGGGACAUGGACAAAGGGUUCAAAUGGCUGGCCACUGGACUCCCCGCCUGGCUCCCCAUUCCUCCCAUAUGGAGAGCAAAACUCGCUCGCAGUCGUGCUUUUAAUGCUGUACUUGCUUUCGAAGAAGCGAUGGAGAAGGCAGUGAAUGGAGAUGACCCAGGUCAAGAAUGGCAGUCUUUCGAAGACGUUGGUCCUGUCCUGACUCAGAGAUUGACGCUAUAUCGUCAACUCAACCUCACAAUGGACGAACGGGCAGCUUUAGAAUUGUCUCUACUGUGGGCCAUGAACGCCAAUGCAAACAUGCUGGUCUUCUGGAUGCUCAACCACAUCUACGCCGACAAGACAGUCCUUGCCCAACUACGCGAGGAGAUCGCACCCUUCGUCCACGCCGUCCAACCGGAACAGCUCUUUGGCGUACCAGAACCGCCCCGCAUCGACACUUUCGAUCACGAAGCUCUAGCAAGCAAAUGUCCGUUGCUAAAAAGCUCUUACAUAGAAUCAUUACGCUUGGAUGCAGCACCUUGGAGCUUCAGAGUCAUGCAGGAAAAUCUAGUUCUCCCAGCUUCCAGAGAGAAGGAUGCGGAGAAGUUCUUGUUGAAGAAGGGGACUUAUGCUCAUAUCGCUCAUUCGAUCCAUCACACAGACCCUGCCUAUUUUGAUGAUCCGGAGGUGUGGAGGGCUGAUAGGCAUAUCAAGCGAGAGCAAGGAGAUGAAGAGGUGUCUGUGAACAUGGGUACCAUCCGGCCAUAUGGUGGUGGACACUCUAUGUGCAAAGGUCGAGCAUUUGCCCAGAAAGAGGCUCUGGUCUUCACAGCGGCGUUCAUCAGCAUGUGGGAUAUGGAGCCUGUUGGGGGCGGUGCUUGGAAGAUGCCACGAUACAAGCCAGCCACUGGGGUUUACACUACAAGCGACGAUGUUCGAGUGUGGAUCUCGCGUCGUGAGGAUCUGCCUCAGAUCUAG